AUGACUACGGUAAGGACCUGGUUUUACCAUCGCAAUGCCACAACAACUAAGGGUACAUUGGUGACUGUGACGAGUAUUCAACCUGUUGUGUGUCCGAGUGAGUGGUUGACGGCGCUUACGACAACGGUUCGCCAAAGUGUGCGGGUUACGUGCUGCCCUAGCGGUUAUUCAGCAGACCCUUAUGUUGAUCUCAAUUACGAAGCAAAUUGCCAAUCAGCAGUCGCUCCGGGACAGACACUCAUCUACUGGGACUCGAAAAGCGGUUAUAUAACAACAUCUUACUCGACUGCCGUUAGCGUCGCUGCUGUGGCUGUAAAGGGAUGGAACUCAAUUGUCGAGGCGCCGGCUACUACUACUUCAGCACCUCUAUCGUCGUCUCCAUCUUCUUUCUCUUCUUUCUUUACUUUCUCUACAACAUCAUUAUCAACAGGUUCUCCAAAUACGAUAGGCAACACUACCGAACCAUCCGGCGUUUCGCAUUCUUCUGGUCUACGCGGUGGAGCUAUCGCCGGCAUUGUAGUUGGCUUACUUGGGGCUGUAGCCCUGAUGGGUGUCGGAAUCAUCUUUUUCCUACGACGACAACGACAGGAGCGAAAUGUAGAUGUCACAAGUGGCACAGGUGAAGUCAAGACGAAGGCAUCCGACCUUAAAUCUGGACAAUAUGUGAAUGUGCCUCAGAAUCCUGGUCAUCGGUUGAGCGAACUGCCGACGUCAAGCAACACGCCCGAAUUAUAUACGGAUUACAGUCCACAUAGUCCACGGGAGGAUGACGCUGAGAUACACGAGUUACAGUAA